CUUUUCUGCUAAUUGCUUUGGGUGUGUGUCCGCUCUCUUUUCACCGUUCUUUUUCUUGCUGUUCUCCGACCAAGCAGGCUCCACACUCAAGGCUCCUAAAAGGCUCUCAAGAUACUUACCCUGGAGACGGAAUGCCCAGAGGGACAGAUACCAGAUACCAGAACACACAGAGAUACCCGAAGAGCCGUAGAGCCGUAGAGCUGCAUGCAGCUGUAUGCAGUUUUCCUCGAGACUGAAGAGGAAACCUAAAGGAACACGCCAACGCGUCUGUCAUGUGCGCCCCGAACUAAGGCGCCUUGCAUAAAUUUACGCCCGGGGAUAAGCCCAAAAAAGGAACAAGAGCUAAAGAUACUCUGCUCAGAUACUCAGCUGCCAGGGGGAAAAUGGAAAGGCAAACAUAAAGCAAUUUUAUGCGUUUUUAAAAUGCGGCAAUUGACUGAAACAACAAAAGCGAGCGAGGAAAAUUCAACCAGACCGCAUGCGAGCACGUUUUCCGAGAUGGUAAAUCAAAUACGAACCGGAGCUCGAGCUGGAGCUCAAGUCGGGGCCAGACCACAGACCACGGACCACAGACCGUAUACCGUAUCCCGUAACCCGUAUCGAAAGGAAACGCCGGCUACGACGAGUGUAUCUCGCGCUGGAUGGCUGGCUGAUAAGCAAAAGGCGAAAUGCUUGAUGAGCAUCGUCCACAAUUAGCGGAGCCAUCGGAGAGGAGAGGAGGAGCCAAGGAGCCGCCGCCCAGCAACAACCGAUGGACCAUGUUGAUGCCGGUGCUGGAAUACUCGUACAACAGACACAUAGCCAAGAUACCAAAUUGUAAAAUGAGGCGAACGACGACGCUUAGAGUGGCAUCGAUGCGGAUGGGGUUGCUGUUCCUCCAACUGUUGCUGGUGCCGCUGCUCCACUGCCAGGCGGUGGAUCCAGCGGCCAGCGGUGGUGCUGGUGCUAUUGCUGGCGGUACUGUCGCUGGCGGAGGAGUCGGCGCUGGUGCUGGUGCUCCCGGAGGUGCGGCAGGGAGCAACAGCCUCAAUGGCGGACCAGCGGGCGGCACACUGAGUGCCAAUCUCACGGAAUUGGGCAGUCCCGACGCCACAGAACUUGUACGACAGUUUGUCAGACAUCAGAUACAACGGACAGCGGGUGGUCCCUCGCAGCAUUGGUCAUCCGCAAACAGCUGGAGAGAUGCAGAUGUCCGGGAUUGGGAUUGUAUUUCUUUGAAGAAGUGACAACCCUUCAGAUACAUUUACGACUGCUGGCGGGAGUUGUGUGCUUGAUUGCAGCUGAAAGAAGCGAAUUCCAUAAUGUUCCACUAUAAUAAGUGCAUUAAAUUAAAAACGAGGGGAAACGUUUGAUCAGAUCCGAUCCAGGUUCAUCAAUCUGAUAUAUACGGUCAUUCCCUAUAAUUCUAAGCUGGAUACUGGAUACAAAAUUUAGUCUCUAGAACUCUUAUGGUCCCUGAGAUCUAGGCGCUGAUCGGGACUUGGCUUGGCUAUUGAUACGGAUCGCUGAUCAAGAAUGUACAUAUAUAGGAAACGCUUCCAUCUGGACGAUACACACAUCUAAUCUAAUAUACCCCUAUCUAUACUCAUUUUGAGUACCGGGUAUGACUAUCUCCAAGUUUGUUAUUCAUAAAUAUAAUCUACUAAUUAUUUAUUCGAAUAAAGCCACCAUUCAAACGUGAUAAAACAUAAUUAAAAUCGUAAUUUAUUGCAAAUAUUAUAUGUCGAUUUAUGGCAUUGUAGGCCUAAACUCUAACGUGUAAAACAUUGAUAAAAACCAUAUUGAUAAGCAUGGCAUUCUGUAAAGUAAAAUAAAAAUAUUCUUGAGACAAAACGUGAUUAAAUCAGUCUUAAAACAAAAACACUCUACACUUUUGUUAACUUUGUUUUAGCCAACAUUUUUAUCUGCCAAUAAAAGAGAACUAAUUAUUAUAAAA